UCCACACAUUGUUGCCUAAGAGACCCCGGAUGCCAGCGACAGGAUUUAUAGAUGGCGAUUGGACUGCUGGAAGCGGUGAGGUGGGGGCUAAAAGGAGUCAAAGAAAGCUGCCCUAGCCCAACGAUAGCAACCCCAGAACCAGAGGCUUGAAGAAGGAAGCCAGCUGCUGAGGUGUAGUCUUUCUUAUGGAAAAGUACCAGUUCAUUUCAUGAUGGCAUUUGCACCUCCAAAAAGCAUCGAUGGCCCCAAAAUGCAGACAAAGAUGAGUACCUGGACACCUCUCAACCAUCAGCUUCUGAAUGACCAGGUAUUUGAAGAACGAAGAGCUCUGUUGGGAAAAUGGUUUGACAAAUGGACAGACUCUCAAAGGAGAAGAAUUCUUACAGGCCUACUAGAGCGCUGUUCCCUGUCCCAGCAGAAGUUCUGUUGUCGAAAGCUGCAGGAAAAAAUCCCAGCAGAGGCCCUGGAUUUUACUACCAAGCUUCCGAGGGUGUUAUCUGUCUACAUCUUUUCCUUCCUGGAUCCCCGGAGUCUUUGCCGUUGUGCACAGGUGAGCUGGUACUGGAAGAGCUUGGCUGAGUUGGACCAGCUCUGGAUGCUCAAGUGCCUGCGCUUCAACUGGUACAUCAGCUUCUCCCCAACGCCCUUUGAGCAGGGCGUCUGGAAAAAGCACUACAUUCAGAUGGUGAGAGAACUUCACGUCACCAAGCCCAAGACACCUCCAAAGGAUGGAUUCACAACUGCCGAUGUUCAGCCAAUUCCUGGCAAUUCUCCAGAGGAGAAGCAGUCCCCUUCCUUAGCUUUUCGGUCCUCCUCCUCUUUAAGAAAGAAGAAUAACCCCGGGGAGAAAGAGCUUCCACCAUGGCGAUCGUCGGAUAAGCAUCCCACGGACAUCAUCCGCUUUAAUUACCUAGACAACUGUGACCCUGAGCUCUUCAGGCUAGGAAGAAGAAAAAGAAAUGAAGUGACCCCAGACUUCAAGCGCCAGUUGCGAGAUAAGAAAAAUAAGCUUCAAGACAGAGCCAGGCUCAGGAAAGCGCAGUCAUUGAUGUCCCUGAGUUCCCCUCCAAAAGUUCCAGUUCGUCUCGCCUGGCCUCUGCAUCUGCCGGUGGCACCCUCCUCAGACCCUGAAGCAGCAGUGGACACUCUCCUGGAGCGUCUUCCGAAACACCCCGGGCUGCAGUCACCCUGCCCGAGACUCCAGAGUCAAAGCUGAUUAAAGGAUUGGAAAAGGACUUUUCUAGAAACGACAAGGUGUUCUUCACACCUGAGAGUUGGCUUCUAGCUAGUCCCUCCAUUAAACUCUUUUGGCUUAAGUA